UAAAAUUGAGAAAACGUUGACGUUGGCAUGUUUGUGCAAACAUUGUUAAUUUGGGGCGUCGGACGAGAAUUUCCAAUUAAAAUCGCGUCGCGACGCUUCCAUGCGCCGAGAUGCGCCGCCCGUACGUACGAAUUAACCGCGCCACAACUUUUAUAUCUGAACAAGUUGUUCUUCGUGAUCAGAUCCGAUUGUGGGAAACUGCGAAAAACAACAGUGAAGUUAAGGAUGUCAAUUCCUCCACUAUGGCUGACGUUGGGUGUUUGUAGUCUGGUAAUCGGCCAGAGCAUCAUAAAAGCACCGCCCGAAUUCGUGGAAGUGUCCGAAACGUUGGACUGUCACAAACGCAUGUACACAUAUCACGUAACCCAGACGGACGAGAACGGCAGAUCGUGCAGGGAUAAGGUGUCGGUGAUGGCGUGCUGGGGACGCUGCGAUUCCAACGAGAUUGCGGACUGGAGGUUCCCGUACAAGAAGUCUAACCAUCCGGUCUGCGUGCACUACGGGAGGAAACGUUCGGAGGUGAUAUUGAGGAAUUGCGACGAAGGUGUCAUGCCUCUGACGAGGAUCUAUCAGUAUUUGGAGGCGGACGAGUGUAAGUGUCAGCAGUGCUCGUCGUCGGACACGAGUUGCGAAGGAAUUACGUACAGACCCCAUCGAUCCCAUCCCGAUUCUUUGGGUUUUAAGAUCAAUUAAUUGUACUCAUGUAAUUGUCCAAGUUAGAUAGAGUAUAUUGUUUCAAAUGAUGUAACAGUGGAUUUUGUUGUAACAUUAACGAUG